ACGAGUCUUUUAAAUUCAGACAGUUACCGUUCGAUGGGGUACUUGAAGAUGUAACAGCUGCUGAAGAAAGCUAGCUAUCGUAGCAAAGCAAGCAGGUUUAAAGGUUGACUCUGCACUGGAGAGCAAGAACAUAAUCAUAAUUGCAGAACAUAAUUAUACUCAUAAGUGCAUAAAAAAGUGUUUGAGUAAUAUGUCACACUGACUGGCAGCAUAGGUUCAGUUUAGGUGUUUAAAAUGCAAUUAGAAAAUAAAUACUUGAUCAAAUAAAUAGUGAAUCUGCGGUGUGUGCUGCUGUGUUUGCAUGCACAGAAUAAGAAAAAAAAACAGUGCCUAUACAAUAGUUUUGUUUUUUCGUCAUUCAGAACACUGAUGCUCGAACAGGUUGUGAUAAAGCUCGAGGGGAGGAUAUCUAGAAUAGACACAGGGACGAGAAAGAGAACAGAGACUUACCAGAGAACACCCCUGAUAUAAUUAGGAAAGCGGGGAUUAGAAGUGAACAGAAACAAAGCGCGUCUGUGAGCUAGGGGGGUACGAGCAGCAGUCGAAGAGGAGAUCGCGCAUCUGGAACAUCUUUUCGUGAAGUCAUGGGCAACAGCGUCUCGAGUAUCCCGACUUUACAAAGAGGGCACCAGAACAGAUUCCACAGGCUAUCGAAUCAGCAAAAAGAUUCCCUUGGUGGGUCAUUCCCAGCCACCUCACACCGAUGUCAUCACAAGCCCAAGCGCUGCCCACCGAUCCAGCAGCGCGGGGGGUUCCCUGUCAACCCUCUGCUCUUCCACCCCAAUGCCAAGGGCUCGCAGAUCACCAUGGACCUGUCCCUGAAGACUGUCAAGAGGCAGGCAAGCUUCUGUAAUGCCAUCACCUUCAGCAACCGACCCGUGGUGCUUUAUGAGCAGGUCAGACUCAAGAUCACCAAGAAGCAAUUAUGCUGGAGCGGGGCUUUGAGACUGGGAUUCACUGCCAAGGACCCAUCUCGGAUUAACCCGGACACUCUUCCUAAAUACGCCUGCCCAGACCUGGUGUCCCAGAGUGGCUUCUGGGCCAAGGCCCUGCCUGAGGAGUUUGCCAACGAGGGCAAUGUCGUCGGUUUCUGGGUGGACAAGAAGGGCCGGGUUUUCUACCGGGUCAACGACUCCAGUCCCAUGCUCUUCUUCAGUGGAGUCCGGACCACCGAUCCACUCUGGGCGCUAAUAGAUGUAUAUGGGCUGACUCGAGGGGUGCAGCUGCUUGACAGUGAGAUUGUACCCCCUGACUGCCUGCGCCCUAGGUCCUUUACUGCUGUACGGAGACCCUCGCUGCGCAGAGAGACAGACGAUGCUCGUCUCUCGGUCAGCCUCUGUGACCUCAACCUGCAAGAAGAAAACCUCCAUCUCAUCUCAGCUGCGUGCCCCAUUCCACAGAACUCUCUGAACUCCCAGCAGUCACACCUACUGCCCUCCCACCUGGACAGUGACCUGCACUUCCACCAGCUGAGGGGGGCGCACAUCAAGACGCUGGACGAGCAGACGGUGGGCCGUUCCGAGCACGCACGCGAGGAGAGAACAUUGGUGUUCACCAACCGGCCCCUCCGAAUCGGGGAGACAAUUUUCAUCAAAAUAAACAAGUCCAACACCGGCCGCUCGGCCUCCCUGUCUUAUGGAGUGACCUCCUGUGAUCCCAGCGUGCUGCGGCCCAGUGACCUGCCCUACAACCCGGAGUCUCUGGUGGACCGCAAGGAAUUCUGGGCAGUGUGCAGGGUGCCCACUCCCCUCCAGAGUGGGGACAUCCUGGGCUUUUUGGUCAACCAGGAAGGUGAACUUCUUUUAAGCCACAACGGAAUGAAUGCUGGGAUGCAGGUCUGUGUGGAUAACUCCCGCCCACUAUGGAUGUUCUUUGGGCUGCAUGGGGCAUUGGCACAGCUAAGAAUUUUGGGCUCCACUCAUCUUCCAGAACCCCGUGGCCUCACAGCUCCCUGCUCCCCCGUCUCCACCCCCAACACUCCCACAGUCCUCUGCAACGAGGACUCUGACCCCACACUCCACGCCAGCAGCUCCGCCGGGGGUACAACUCCAAAUUCUCCCAUCAGCUUACCUGAGUCCCCCACCUUCCUUGCAGCCUGUGGUUCUUGGAGUGACGAGUGUACCAUCUGCUAUGAGAACAUGGUGGACUCUGUGAUCUACGCAUGUGGGCACAUGUGUCUGUGCUACACCUGUGGCCUGAAACUGAAGAAAAUGACCAACGCAUGCUGCCCGAUAUGUAGAAGGACCAUCAAAGACAUAAUAAAAACCUACCGCAGCACGUAGACACAGGGAUCCCAUCUUAACCGUGGAAUUGGGGAGCUCUUUUGUAAGGAAACAUUAAUGUGGCGCAGAGCAGCCCAACUCUGAAAAUGGAUUCACUAUUGUUAAGAUUAUAUCUAGGUUCAAAAAGUCCACGAUUUGAAGGUUUUUUUCACAAACUUAUUUUUCCAAUUGUUUUUAUACUACCAGGGAGAACUGCCGUCCUAGCCAUCGUUUGGUCACUGGGGCGCCAGGUUGUUUAAAGAGACUAAAAAUAAAGAGAGACAUGUUUGAAGGUUCAGAAGUUGCCUCUUGCAUUGGAGGCAGCUUGGUCCAAUGAAACUGAAGUUCAAGUGAAGGAGCAAAAGAAAAGCGACUUGUUAGUUAAACAGGCCCCUCCAUGGUUAGAGAAAUCAUGUUGAGAAAAGCUGGUAGCCCAGUUGGGCUUCCCAUCAACUUGAAGCACUGCAACUUUAACACAACUGUUGUCUGUGCGGCACACCAACCCAAGCAGAUAUAAAGCUGACCUGCGUAUUUGCAACUGCAGAAAAUGUAAAACAAUGCAUGCGCAUGGGGUAAACUAGCCAUAAAGUCCUGCAGAUGUUUCAUACUCAACUUUAACAUUUCAUCAAUGCAAAUAUAAACGACUGAGGCAUCUUUCUAGUGCCACCC